CAUGGUGUAAAAAUCAAGCGUCAAGUUCAUAGACUAAAAAGCGACAAACUGUCGCGUCACUCUGCUCUCUGCUGCUCGAAAAGCUUACACCGAAAUAAGCUCUCUCUCGGAAUGCUUCUGUAUGCUGCCGCUGUAUAGUGUAAUACUCAAUCUGAGCGAUGUAACGGUUUCCCGGCCGGAAACCUUAGUCAAGGUCUUCUUGACAACGCAGACAGACAUCUCUCUCUCUCCCUUUUUCUGUCUCUCUCUUUCGCACACCCGCUUUGAGAAAGCGCUGAGCAAGCUUUUUCUUGUACUAGUAUUUAGCUUUCAUGCAGCUGAUUCGCUCGCUCUCUGCUCUCCUCUCUGUCGCUGCCACUGCUCUGCUCUGCUACGGCCUGGUCUGGCUGAUUAGUUUAGUUUGUGAUUUCAAUAUAUGUAAUUAAUUUUUGUUUCUGUAGCGGCUCGGGACGGACGCGUCGCGACGUACGCUCGUUCGCAACAACAAUUGAACACUUGCUGGAAGCUCGUUACGAACACAACGGCAACACAUCCAACACCAAAAACUACCUCCAGCUGUACAAAUAUUGAAAAAAUACCCGCAACAACAACAAAAAUACACAACAAAUAUAAAUGUAUAUGCAAAUAAUAAGAAGUGCAAAAGUGAAGAGAUCGAGCAACAAAAAAGCAGCUACAGGUCGAAAAUGUGACUGAAAACCUACUCCCUAUUCCCGUCAGCCAAAAUAAUACUGGAAUAUGUAGUGCAGGAAAAUUAGCCAAUUGAAAAUGUAUUCGGCGUGUGAGUUAAAGACACCUGCUCUUCAGGAGAGUAUAACUAUAAAAUAUCAUGCAAGUACACAGGAAACUAAGUUACCUGAAAUGCUAUAACCAGUUACUAGCUAAAAAACAACAAGAAACUAGCAAAAUAUGCUAUAACCGAAUACCGUGAAAAUACCAAAAAAGUGAAAGUACCAGAAAAUACUAAAAGGAACAUACUUCAAUUAUAAUUGUACCAUUCAGUGGUCUUUGUUUUGUUGUUAAUUUUCUUUUCAAAUACACAUAUGUAUAUUUAAAUCAAAAAGCACGCAAAUUCAAGUACAAAGAACCACAGAUAGGGCCAGCAAGAAAAACCGACUCAACAAAAAGUACGGCAAGAAGAUAACAACUGUAAUUGCAACUGCACAACAGAGCUAUCAGUACAACAACAAAGUAAUACAAAAUAUAUAAAUUGCUAAUAUCACCCACCCCCCCUGCCCAGCGCGCUAGCUGGCAAACCCCUCCUGGACGCGCCACUCCGAAAUCCGAAAUCCCUCACUGUAGGCAGACAGAGCGAGACGGACAGUCUUGUCUGUCCAGAGACAGAGACAGAGCAAGAGAAAGAGAGAGGAGCGGGCAGCAGACAGCGGCUGUGCCAUUGAAAUAAACAAGAGAGCGAGCGGGAGGAGAAAGCUUGCAUCCAGCCCCGAAACACAGCAGAGCAGAGCAAAGGAGAGCGAAGCAGAGCAGGUUAGGAGCGAGAAAAAGCUUUCGAACGCUCGCUUCAUGCAGAAGGCGAAGAAACAGCGCAAAAUAUCUGGAGAACAUGGAGGAGACGACCCGCAGCAGAAACUCCUCCACGAGUCAGAGUCAGGACGUUGAAGACCUCCAGCAAGACAUUCCCUACUUUGGCGAGCCACCAGCGCCGACACCGCGAGCUGCUUCCGCGAGUGGAACCGCAAGUAGAACUGAUUUCGGAACUGAAAGCGGGUUUGACACCGACCUCCUUUCGCUGGGGAAAACCGAUUGCAACCUGGCCGAAUACGAUCCAAGCGCCAUCGACUGGGAUCCGGACACAGAAGCCGGGGACGCGGAGCCUGAACUAGCUCCGGAACUGAAACUGCAACCGAAAACAGCCGGCAGAACAAACCAGGAAGGUGAACGUGUCGGUGUCGGGGUCGGGGUCGGUGGCAGAGAUGCUAUAGAUGAUGUAGAUGGCGAUGAUAGCAACGGACUGGACGACAGCUACCCGGACGAGAACGAGAGCUCUGUGCUGGGCUCCGACUACGGAGCGAGCGGCAGCGGGAGUGCUGCCAACAGCUACUACCAGUCGCCAACCCCUUCCAACUGCGAACUGAUGCUGCGACCGCCAUCAAGUUCAGUGUACCAUUUCAACUACCGAUCGCCGGCCAGUCCAGUGCCCGGGAUGGGAAUGCCGACUGCUCCUGGAGGAUCGCCGGCGGGUUCGAGCUCAAGCGGGGGCGGCCGCCUGCAUCCCUAUGCACAUUCCCCGGGCCUGUUGCAGGGUCCGCACGGAGCGGCCUCGCCUAGCUUUUACCCGAAUAUGUGGUAUCCGAAUUCGCCGUACAGUUCGGCCGGAGCGGGAUCUGGAGUCGGAGUGGGAGUCGGAGUCGCAGCCGGAGCCGGAGCCGGUGUUACUCGCUAUGGUGGCUACGGCCCAGCUACAGGAGGAAGUCCCGGAACUGGAACGGGAACGGGACCAGGACCCGGCUUUGGAGCUCAUACGGCUCACCGGCAUCCGCUGCAUCAUCAGUAUCCACAUAUGCCAGUGCCGCAUCCGCACCAGCACUCGCACUCGCAUCACCAUCCGCAGCUCCAGCACCAGCACCCGCACCCGCACCCGCACCAACAUCAACACCCGCAUCCACACGAAACCAUGAUGGAGAUGUUCCAGCUUUCAAAUAGCGGCCGGGAGGCACGCAACCGGGCCGAAAAGAACCGACGCGACAAACUGAAUGGCUCAAUCCAAGAGCUCUCCACGAUGGUGCCCCAUGUGGCUGAGUCGCCGAGACGCGUGGACAAGACGGCCGUGCUCCGUUUUGCUGCCCACGGACUUCGGCUGAAGCACGCCUUCGGCAAGACGUUGCAGCACCAGCGCCCACAGAUCACGGACACCCUGAUGGGCAUGCUGGACAGCUUCUUCCUUACCGUAACCUGCCACGGCCACAUCUUGCUGAUCUCAUCGAGCAUCGAGCAGCACCUUGGCCAUUGUCAGACGGACCUGUACGGCCAGAGCAUAAUGCAGAUUACCCAUCCUGAGGACCAGAACAUGCUCAAACAGCAGUUGAUCCCCACCGAGCUGGAGAAUCUCUUCGAUGUUCACGCCGCAGACUCAGAAGCGGAUGGAGAGCCGCGACUGCGCAGCAAGUCUGAGGAGGACUACAUCGAUCGCAAACUGCGCGAGGACAGGCGCAGCUUUCGCGUGCGAUUGGCUCGUGCGGGGCCCCGUUCGGAACCAACAGCCUAUGAGGUGGUGAAGAUCGAUGGUUGCUUCCGCCGGAGUGACGAUGCGCCUCGUGGCGUCCGCUCCAGCACCUUCAGCUCGAGCCUGCAGCUGAUUCGGAGGACGCGAGGUCGCGAUGAUGUGAUUCCUCUGCACACGAUCAGCGGCAACGAUAUUGUUCUGACUGGCUGUGCUAGGAUCAUCCGUCCACCGAAGAUCGCCAGCCGGCUGAUCGAUGCUAACUCGCUGGAGUAUCGCACUCGCCACCUGAUAGAUGGACGAAUCAUCGACUGCGAUCAGCGAAUCGGCAUUGUAGCGGGCUAUAUGACAGACGAGGUGCGCAACCUGAGUCCCUUCACCUUCAUGCACAAUGACGACGUACGCUGGGUGAUCGUGGCCCUAAGACAGAUGUACGACUGUAACAGCUCGUAUGGUGAGUCCACGUACCGUCUGUUCACCCGGAAUGGAAACAUCAUUUACCUGCAGUCCAAGGGUUACCUGGAGAUCGACAAGGAGACCAACAAGGUUCAUUCGUUCGUAUGCGUCAACACAUUGCUGGACGAUGAGGAAGGCAAGCGGCGCGUCCAAGAGAUGAAGAAGAAAUUUUCGGUGAUCAUCAACACGCAGAUUCCCCAGUCCACCAUUGAUGUGCCCGCCUCUGAGCAUCCGGCGCUGCUGGAGAAGGCCGUCAUGCGACUCAUCCAAAAUCUGCAGAAGUCCAACGAGGACCCGUCUCAGAUGGAUGGUGAUGAGGAUGAUGAGGAUGAGGAGGACGACGACGACGAUGACGAGGAUGAUGGCGGUCGCAGCAUGUCCGAGUUCGGAGAAUCAUAUCAACAUCACCAUCAUUCGCGUCCGCAUCACAGCUCCUUCCUGGGCCACUCAUCAGUUUUGUCGGAAUCCCGCCAUGGUCAGGGCAGCUCCAAGACCCCGCCUUUGGCUCUAGUUCCCCCCGAAGCUGCCUCCGUAAAGUCCUCAAUUUCAAAGAGCAUCAGCGUGGUCAAUGUGACGGUAGCUAAGCAUCUGCGGAGCAUUCAAAGCUCGGCACUAAAGUCACCAAGCUCCCUACCAGAAUGCACCUGCCAUGGAGGCGGCGACGCCCGCUCCCAAUGCGACCUGUGCCAGGUACCACUGACACCCGACCCAAAUCCAGUGGGACCUUCCCUAAAGAGGAGCAGCUCAGCCUUGGAGGAACCGAAGGAUGUUAAGGUAGCAAAGCGCUGCUUUAUGCCCAGCACAGAGAUCGAGCAUGUGCUGAACACCUCCCUGGACCAGAUUGGACGAAAGCUAUCUCAUCAGCUGAAUGUUGCCAGGAAUCUACGGGACCAGGGCAAUCGAUACGAGCUGCCUCAUGCCAAUCAGCGUUUCGAUGAGAUUAUGCAGGAGCAUCAGAAGCAAAGUGAACUGUUUGUGAACAUCAAGAGCGAGUACGAGGUGCAGCUACAGAACAAGGCGAACAAUGCCACUGCAACUAAGAAUUCGGAUUCCGAGCCACAUAGACCGGAUCAGGAUCUGGAUCCAGGUCAGGAUCAAGCCAGGCCGUCCUAAACAGACAGGAUGGCAGAGGAUAAAGACAAAGACAGAAGAGAGAGAAGAAUCGGCUCUCAACUGAAGAAGGGUUUCAUCAAUGAUGUGAUAACACUGUCUUGGCAGCAAGCUCAACAAAAUGAUGGAACACAUAGUUUUAUUCUAGUUUGAAUCUAGUUGGAUCCGAUCUGCUGCUGCUUUUCAGAAAGCAGCAACCACUACUACUGAACCCAUGAGUGAGCAUGAGACAACGUACAUACAAUACUUUUUAAAUGCCUGCCGGCCACACACGCCCUCCUUCCCAGACCACUCACACGCAGCCCCACACAGGCAGACAGGCAUACAUACAUACUUGUUUGUUCGUUGUUUUAACCGUUAUGUACCAGGUAGAGUUAGUCACAUAUGCAUACAGAACGCAUAAAUGUGUAGAGCUAGUGGUCGUUAACUUCAAUUUAGAGUCGUCGCACACCGAAGAGUGUUGGGAAGUGGAUGUGAAGGAUAAACAAUUAUUAGUCUAAAUCGGAAUACAAUUAAACUAUACUAUAUACCUAUGUACCAUACAUUAUGCAUGUUGCAGCAUGUGCAUAACCAAAACUAAACGUGAUAAAAGACUGUUACCAACUACAUACAUACAUAUGUACAUAGAUACAAACAUACUUGCAUAAUUAUACAAAACUAAAAUGUAAAAAAAUUUCGGUUAAACUAUAUAUGUAUGUACAUAUGUACUUCCACACACAUGUGUGCGUAUAUGACGUAGUUAAACUAAAUAUACUGUACGAACAUUU